AUUUCAAAGUCCACAUUUCUAAAUUCUAAUCUGUAUUUAAAAAAAAUAAACACUAGUAGGUAUUGUUUAAACAUAUAAAGGAACUUCCAUGGCAUGCAUAUUGACACAACCUCUAACAGAAAGGUAUUUCUUUGUAUUGAAGAUAAAGUGAAUGCCAUUCAUAAAGCACACGUUCACUCAGGUAUUCAGACACCCAUUCAGAAAUACAUGCAUUCAAGACCUCUACUUCUUGCACAUCACACAUAGUACUGUAGCUAUAUAUAUAUGUACUGAUCUUAUUUUCAACUAUAAUAUCAUUCUGUAAAGCUUCAAUCAUGAUUCUGAGGACUCUCCUGAGCUAUCCCAUCAUCAGAUAUAUCCUGUUGCUCCCAUUGUUCAUCUUGACAACGUUAAUUGGUAUUUUAUUUCUCUUUGGUGCGCUGAUCUUCAAAGGACCAUCAUGGGUAUUCAGGAAGAAGAAAACUAGCUAUGUUAGACCAGAGUGCCUUGAUGAACCAAGUCUUGGCAAUCACAAAUUCAUCUCUCUUAAGGAUGUAAAGCUUCAUAUUGUAGAGUCAGGUGAUCCUAAGAAUCCUUUGAUGUUAUUUCUACAUGGCUUUCCAGAAUGCUGGUAUUCAUGGAGACAUCAGAUCAAAAAAUUCAAUAAAGAUUAUCACUGUGUUGCAUUUGAUAUGAGAGGAGUUGGUGAGAGCGAUGGCCCAGCUGGAGUGUCUAAUUACACCAUGGAUAAACUUGUUGGUGAUGUACAUGACAUGAUCAAAACAUUAGGACACAAGUCAUGUGUCUUAGUAGGACAUGACUGGGGUGGUUUAAUAGGAUGGGAGUUUGCAGCUCGGUAUCCAGAUAUGGUGGAUAAUUACAUCCCAAUGAAUGUACCUCAUCCAGAUAGAUUUGCUGAUUUUAUCACCAGUUCUGUUGUCCAGAUAAUGUUGUCAUGGUACAUGCUGUUUUUCCAGUUGCCUUAUCUACCAGAAAUCCUAAUGUCAAUGGGGGACUAUGGCAUGCUGAAAGAAGCAUAUAAGAUUGGUCCAAAUACAGACGAAGAUGCUGAUGCAUUCAAGUAUUCCAUCUCUAGGCCAGGUCGGUCAACCACCUUCGUCAACUACUAUCGGAACAUCAUCGGGGCGAUCUUUAACCAGCCAUGUGGGAAAGUUUCUGUGCCAACUUUGUUGAUUUGGGGUACAGGAGAUGCAGCAUUUAAUAUCAAGCUUUCACAUGACACUGAGAAGUACUGUCCCAAGAUCAUUGUUAAGAGGAUAGAAGGUGGUCAUCAUAGCAUUCAGCAAGAACAACCAGAUGUAGUUAAUAAUUUCAUGAAACAAUACUUGAAUAAUUGAAUAUAAAGUUGGUACUUGUUUUUGGCAACACCAAGACAUUGUUAAUGACCUAAUGGAAAAUACUUGAAUGAUAAAUAGUGAAUAAAAAAAAACAUAAUCAAGAUAGAAAAACUGUGCAAAAGAAAAUUAAAAAAAUAUGGAAAUGCUGUUCAGGCUUUUUCAAAAGGAGUGACUAUAUGAAGUCAUGCUUGAUUAAAAAAAAAAAUAUGUAUACAUUUACCACAUAGUUUUGAUGAAUCUGCAUGCGUUUCUUAGUUUGCAAUAUGAUGUAUGGUAUACUAUAAGAAACUAGAAAUAUGAGCAACUUUAUAAGUUUGAAAGCUUCUCAGGUUAGUAGUGUUGUUUAAUAUUAAAGUUUAAUACUGCAUUGUAUGGAUGAGUCUGUUCUAAAACCGUUAUGGUGUAAUAUAAAAAUGUCUUUUAGUAGAGUGUAUUGUACAGGAAAAUUUAAUAUUCUUGGGAAAUGGGAAGCAUUUGUUAAAAAAAUAACUGAGUAUUUUUGUCAAAAAAAAUUGUGAAAUUGUUAAAAUGAUAAGGAUUUUAAAAUUACUGAUUUGGUGAAGUGAUUGGAGGAGAAAAUUAUUGAGUUUCAUUUCAGCCUUUGUUUUUAGUCUUGCUGUGAACCGUACAAACUUACAGUGGGAAGAAAGGUGCAUACAUGUGACACAAUUAUUCAUCUUAUUUUCAAGUUUGACAAUGUUUCACUUUGAAAUCUUAACUAAUUUCUAAAACAUUUUAGUUUUUUAAAGAUUAUUUAAAUAUA